AUGGCUCCGAGCAUUGCUGAAACUCUCCCCAUCCACUCUCUUGCCAAAGAGCGCAAGGACGAGCCGUCUUCGUACCCGGAACCGCUCAAGCUGAGCGGCGCCUUGAACCACUUCGCCUUUGAGGAAACAACUCCAGUUAUUGGCCGAGAAUUCCUCCAUGUUAAUAUCGUAGACGAUCUGUUGCGCGCUUCGAACUCGGAUGAGCUGGUCCGGGAUCUGGCCAUCACAAUCUCCCAACGCGGUGUUGUCUUCUUCCGCGCCCAGGAUAACCUCACCGAUGAUUUGCAGAAGGAGCUGGUGCAGCGAUUAGGCCAGUUGGCUGGCAAGCCCGCCAGCUCAACGCUGCACAUCCACCCGGUGCUCAACAACACCAGUGAGUUCGGAGUGGCCGACGCAGAGAUCAGCACCAUUAGCUCGCUCGCACGUAAGAAGAUGUUUCAGCACGACCGUCAGUCUGACCGUCGACGCUACGACUCGGCUCAGUGGCACUCAGACAUCCAGUUUGAGCCCGCCCCGGCUGAUUAUACCUCACUUCGCCUCACACAGCUACCUAGCUCUGGCGGUGAUACGCUCUGGGCCUCGGGAUACGAGAUCUACGACCGCUUUUCCCGCAGGUACCAGCAAUUCUUAGAAGGCCUCACCGCGACAUUCUCUGGCGACGGCUUCAUCAAGGCGGCCGAGCGUGAUCCCGUUAACGUGCGAAUCUAUACUGAGCCCAGAGGAAGCCCACUCAACGUCGGUGAUGGGCUCAUCACUGUGCAUCCCGUUGUGCGCACCAACCCCGUCACAGGCUGGAAGAGCAUCUACGCACUAGGCACUUUUCCUAAAUAUAUCAACGAGCUCAAUUCGGAAGAAUCGGAGGAGCUAUUAAAGAAGUUUCAUUCCCUGCUCAUCAAUAACCACGACCUGCAGGUCCGGUUCAAGUGGAGGAACAAGAACGAUAUUGCAAUUUGGGAUAACCGUAGUGUUUUCCACUCUGCCACAUUUGACUAUGAAGGCCUGGGAGAGCGAUUCGGUCAUCGAACAGUUGGUAUUGGCGAGAAGCCGUACUUGGAUCCGAAUAGCAAGUCCAGGACGGAGGCUCUGGCUGAACUCCAUGAGUAG